AGGCGCCAUUGACAGCGAGUCAGCUGUUGGAUGCUGAGGUGCACUGAGCCAUUGAAUUUUAAGACUCCCACUAAUAUUUGAAGAGCAGCAGGGAGUGCUUUUGGUGCCCUGGCCAACAUUUCUCCCUCAAACAAAGACAGCACAAGUGGUCAUUCAUCUUACUGAUUGUACCCAGCAUCAACGCAAGAUGGCUGCCUUGUUACCUAUGUAACAGCAGUGACUGCACUCAAGGUGGCAGCGGAGGGAUGCCCAAGAAGUUUCAGGGAGAAAACAGUAAAUCAGCAGCUGCCAGGGCUCGGAAAGCAGAGCAGAAGGCAGCAGCGGAUGCAAAGCGGCAGCAGGAGCUUGAAGACGCCUACUGGAAAGACGAUGACAAGCAUGUUGCGAGGAAAGAACAGCGAAAGAUCGAAAAGGAGAAGAAGCGAGUGGAACAGCUGGAGCGCAAGAAAGAGACUCAACGGCUCCUGGAAGAGGAGGGAAACAGAAUAAAACCAAAAGUCUCCAAACCAAUAACACCAGCCAAGAUAACACGAGCCCAGAUCGAGGAAACAAUUAAAAAGGAAAAUGUAGAGCAAAGCACAGAGGAAGGAAAAGUCAAACCGAUCAGCCACCUAGAGAUGCCAUUGGAGGAGAAUAUUAACCGUAUUGUACCCAACGAGGGUGAUGUAGAUGCCAGGACCAUCGAGGAUGCCAUUGCUGCAUUGAGCACGGACCAGAGUGUGGAUCAUCAUCCUGAGCGACGAUUGCGAGCUGCCUUCGCUGCCUUCGAAGAGGCAAACUUGCCGCGAUUGAAAAUGGAGAAUCCCAACAUGCGCUUGUCUCAGCUCAAGCAGAUGCUGAAGAAGGAGUGGAUGAAAUCACCCGAGAACCCUAUGAACCAGCUCCAUGGAGCCUACAACACCAAGUAGCAAGCCCAAGAGGAAGUGUCUCUUGUGAACUUUAACCCAAGUAUGAACUUUGAGUCAGUAGCGUGAAUGUGAUAUCAAUUGGGCAUCAUCAUUUAAAAAAAUUCAGCAUAAAAUAAAAGAAACUGUGUCACUAUCCCAGUGGCUGAGCUUCCCUUACAACCAUCUGUUUACAGCCUAGACAUCCUCUGCUGCCAAGCUUCCAUCAGUGUACUUGUGGCUGCCAAACAUCCGUCCCCAUUUAAAACACUCUCCACCCUCCCUCACCCUCAAUAUACCAUAAACACCAGCACUGGUUUCAGGAUCAGUACCAUUUCCUUGGGCAAAGCAUGUCCCCCCACCCCGGCUGGGAUGGGUGAGGUUGGGGUUGGGGGAAGGGAAAUGAGAUUGAAGGCUGGGUCGGAGGGAAGGAGGAGUGGGGAGGCUUGACCCUGAUACACAACUGAGGCAUAAGUGGCAAAGUUAAAGGAGCUGACCUGCAUCAGAAUGUGUUGCUAACCCAAACUCCCAUUUUAUUUCCCAAUUUAAAGAUAAACUUGGGCAGAUCUUGAAAGGUUCCAGGGUCAGCUGGAGGCUGGUUUGGGGGCAGUUUAGAGGUUGGGGGAGUUCAGGUGUUAGUGGGUGGCUGGUUUGGGAGGAUUUCAGGGGUCAGGGAUUUCAUGGGUCAGGAGGUGGUUGGGUGAGAUCGGGAUGGUCGAUGUUUCGGAGUUCAGGGGUCAGUGGGUGGUUGGUUUACAGAGAAUUCAGGGAUCAGUGGGUGGUCAGUGUUGGGGCAGUUCAGAGGUAGUUGGAAGAGUUCAGACGUCAGCGGUUGGCUGGUGUGGAGGUUGCAGGGGCUGCAGUUGCACAAGUUUGGUUUAAUUUGAAGUGUUUGGAGGGGAUGCACCAUUGGCUUUCCUUACCUUGGGUUGCAGUGUGAAGGAUCUCCCUCUAAAGCUUCCACAAAGUUGAUUAAUGAGCUACUUUGCAAUUCCUUCCCAGAUAUUGAGGCUGAAAGCGAUUUCCCUGGGACUCUGCAAGGGAAUGCACAGGAGGAUUGUAGAUUCUGACUCUGGAGGUGAAGAGGGGGCUGUGUUUUUGAGAUCUGCUACCAUUGGCUGUGUCAGAGAGGGGGUAAAGCCCAAGGGUGAAAGUUUUUGAGUUCUAAAUGGUGCUUUGCCGAUGCUGAGAAUUUAUUGGCUCCCUAAAUCACUUGACUACCAGGGGACAUGUGAGAUAGUGGGGAGCUGAUGUUUCACUCUACUUUCAGAUUCUAGGUGAGGCCAGUCUGAGGUAAAACUUGUGUUUGAAAGUUUGAGUGACCAGAUCCCUUUGGACUGUUACCCACCACCCCAAUUUCCCCAGCCCCCUAUCAGCCUUUACUAUUGUCCUGAUCUGCUCCUUGCCCUGCACCCCACCAAAACCAAGGCAAUUGUGUAGAGACUGAAUCUAAAUUGCCCCUGUUGGGUGUUUUUUUAUUUGCUGUGUUAGUCCCUAAGAGUGCUGGGUCUUUUUUGACACUUGAUUUAAAUCUGCAUAAGAACGUGGUUGAGGAGCAGGGAAUAGCAAACUACUGAUACACAGAGCGGGCUUUGGUGAGUAAGAAAUUCAUCAAUGUUGCCAAAAUCCAGAAUGCAACGGGUUUGCAAAGAAUGAGGUGAUUGCAUUGGUCCAGAUUGUGGAACAUCUCGCUGAAUCUUACUGGGGAAUGGGGAGAUUGGAGAAUGUCUGGUGUGUGUCAAUUCCUAAAUGAAAUUAAAUACUAAAGUGAA